AUGGGAAAUCUAUAAACAUUAAUUAAUUAUCAUUCACCUUUCUCUUAUAUUUAAGACUUAAAUGAUUAAAUAGAAGAUGAAGGAAUGAUAAAUCAUCCUGGUCUUGGAUCAAUUUAAUUAUGGAAGAUUAAACAAUAAAAUUAACCAAUGAUAUUUUCAUAUGUAAAUUAAACUUUUCUUAAAAAUUAGCAUGUCCAUAUUUAUGAAAAAGAUUCUAAUUUGAUUGAAUUUCAUAAUUAUCGUAGUUAAAUUGUUCAUCCAAAUAUUUUAUCAUAUUUUGCAUGUACAAAAUCAAAAGCUUAAAAUAUUGGAAAUGUUUGUACUUAAUAACUAUUUUUUGCAUAUUAUCCCAAUAAUUUGAGAUAAAAGUUAACUAAGUAAAAGAAAUUGCCAGAAACUGAAAUUUGGAAUGUAUAUUAUUGAAUAUUUUUGAAGAUAGUUGAAUAAAUUGUUAAUGCAUUGGCUUAUUUAUAAGGAUUGAAUAGAUAUCAUGGUAAUUUGAUAACAGAAUCAAUUUUGCUUAACUAAUAUAAUGAAAUAAAACUAUUAGAUAAGCUUGAUUAGAACCCUAAUUAUGAUUAGAUUAAAAGGGAUGUCUAUGAUUUAGGAAUCAUAAUAAUAGAAAUGAUAACAGGUCGAGGUAAAUGAAUAAUUAUGCUUAAAGCUAAUUAACUAAACUUGAACGAAUCAAUUAAAUAAAUGGCUGGAAUCUAUUCAAUUUAAUUAUUAUAAUUAGUUGGUAAAAUGAUAUAAAAAGAGGCUGCACUAAGACCUGAUUUUAUUCAAAUUUAAUAAUUAAUAAAAAAUAGAUUCAAAGAACCAAUAAUUUUACAUAAUCCUUUUACUAAUAGGAGUCAGCCUGUAUUUGUAAAAAUCAAAAAUCAUCUUUAAAGAUUAUAAAAUUUUAAUUCUAAUUAAAGAGUUGUAAUUAGACCUUAAAAAGUGAUUUAUAAAUUAAACUAUCCUAAAAUGAUCUGUAAUUAAUAAUCAAAUAAUAAAUCAUAAAUUAUUAAUAGUAAUAUUCUUUAGUAAUCAUAAUAAGAGAGUUUUUAAAGUUAAAAUUAAGAAUAGCACUUUGUAAGUAUUGUUGAAUAUUCCAAUUAACCUAACACAAACAAGAAUAUAUCAUAAGUUGAUUAAAUUUCUAAUGCUGAUAAAUUAACAUUGUUUUAAAGUGGGAUUCUGCAUAAUUCAAUUAUGUGGCUUUAGAAUUCUUCAUUAAAAAAAUAAAGCUCUGUUUUAUAAUUCACUUCUCCAAAGCAAAGCUGA